AUGAAUCCAUUCCAUCAGCAGCGGGCUGCUAAGGCCUGGCAUCGAGUUGGCCCGGUCUCCUCAGUACCGGAACUCGAGGAUGACGAGAACUACCGAAUGGCCCCGAAAUGCAAAGCCUUCACGAUUCCUAAAGAUGGCUCUUCAGACCCGCAAGCUCCAGAAGAAGCAGAUCUGGACUCAUCUCUUGAUCUCAAGGAUCAGGGAAAGAUCUUCGACAUUGAGGACUUUGGCAUCAAGCUUAGUGCUGGGUUGACAUGUCCCAAACAUGAUUGGUCUUUUGACCUGUUCACUGGCAAAGGAGAUCGAGGAAACUAUAGCCUCAAAAUUUGGGAAAUUCAAUUGCGCGAGCCUGCGGAAUCAGGCGAUGAAACACCUAUUACUCAAUCUCCUCGCGAGAAAAAGCGCAAGCGGAAGUCUGAAUCGGGCGAAAAGAAACAGAAGAAACAUAAGCUCGACAGGACAGAGGAGAGUGAGGGCGAGGGCGACCAGAACAACGAACAACCGAUAAGUUCUGAAGAGAAUGAGAAACCGGAUCUCAAGGCGACAGCUAUUUCAUCCACGACCCAAAAUGAUCUACCGGAGACACCAAACUCGCCAGACAACGACCUUGGCCUCAAUAAGAAGGGACAACCGAGAAAGGCUCGCGGAUCUCGAAUCGGUGGGAAAAAUAAGACGAGAGUCGGCUUCUACACUAAAGAUGAAGUUGAGAAGCUGGAAGGUCAUAAGGUCGCAUUCUGUAACCUUCACAGUAUCACCGAUCAUAAAGUCUUCGACGCCAUGGUACAACAUUCUGAAAGAACGGGCAUUGAACACAGAAGUGAAUAUGACUGGCCAUGUUCUGCAGAUGAAUGCACAAAAAACGAAUUCUGGGCCGAGAUCUAUGACCUUAUUCCCGAUCGAGAUCGCCGAUCUUUGUAUCGCUUUAUGCGCAGACAUUUCCAAGACUCAACUCAAAAGCCACAUGUGUGGACUCCCGAGCAAGAUGAUGAGCUCAUCCAGCUCAUGACGCUUCACCCAGGAAAAUGGUCGUAUGUUGCCAGGCAGAUCGGCCGCAGUGAUGAUGAUGUGACGCAGCGUUGGAAAAAUCAACUAGAGCACCGCGGGAAAAUGAACCGCGGUAAAUGGAAUGCGGAGGAAGUACAGAUGUUACUCGACGUUAUUCAGGAAACUUGGAAUAAAAUUUUCAAAGAACAAGGAAGCGACGCAGGCAAGGACAUGUACGAGAUGGACGACAGGAUUCUCAAGUGGGGUGUUAUCAGUGAUGCGUUGGGAAAUGUACGCUCGCGACAACAAUGCGCCGAUAAAUGGCGAAAAGUCAGAAAGUAUGUGGAGUCGUUGCGUGCGGCUGGGAACCCGGAUGCACAGUAUGAUCCUAUUGAGGCUAUAAACAAAGCUUCGCGAUGGAGUUUAUCUGCACCUGGAACCCCAAAGAGCACUUGGAAUGUUGUUGAAGAUGAUGACGAUGACGACCUACCCGACAGUAAGUUUGAUCAAAAUGCAAGUGAGCUCGGGACUGCUAGGGGCGGAUUUGCACCCUCUACACAGACCCCAGAGCCUAAUGCAAAGCCUUUCCCUUCUUCCCCAGGCUCUGGACCUCAAUCCGACGCUGGCGACGAACCUACCUCUCCAGCACUCCCCUUUACGAGUAGCUUGCCACAAUCCAGCCCAAGCAUAGCGAGAAGGGCCGAUGAGGAUGAAGGGAGCGCAAAGAACGAAAAAGAGGCGAAGCGGGCUGCUGCUGCUGCGUCAGAGACCUCGGAAGAGUCACAAAAGAGCAGCAAGAAACGCAAACAGUCUCUCGAUGCUACUGGAACGGAGGCUGUGACUGAUGAAAAUGUCGCACCUGGAACGCCUCAGAAAAAGAAAAAGAAGAAGAGUCGCAAGUCAGUUGAUGCUAAUGCUGAUGUUGAGAAGACGCCCAAGGGGUCUUCUAAAAAGUCCAAGAAGCAUCGGCAAAGUAAUGGGCCUGUCACUCACGACGAGGCUGUUGAUAUCAAGCUAGAGGGACAUGGAACGUUGUCAGAUUAG